UGCAGAAGCAAGAAGCGUCACUCCAACAUCGAAGUACCGGGGCUGUUUUUCACUUACCGGUACAAGAACCAGAAGGCUCAUUAGUCGAAGGCCACUACAGUCUGUGAUACCUGACCUGACUUUAUGCCAAAAACAAAAAGAAAGCGCGUCCCUGAUGUGGACUCCACGGUUUUGGGGGAACGAGAGGUUAAAAAAUUACGGAGGCUUUUGCGCCAGAACCGCGACGAAGAAAAGUUGGCGAUUACGAAUUCCGAGCGCCUCCAACAACCUAGAAACCUGGAUUUAGAUUCGGACACCCAUCACUCCGAUGAUGAAGUCGAAACCAUCGAGAAACCAUCCGAAACUGAGUUCCCUGUCGAGCAUGACGAAGAGUGGAGGAAGUUUUUUGGAGUAUCCGAAGAAGAUGGUAACUUGAUCGAGGAUCUCCAGAAAAAUUUAACGGAGGCUAAACUGAAGGUAGCGGAGGAAGCUUCUCAGUUUUCUGGAAGCACCUAUGGUGAUUUGGACGAUUUCAGAGGUGUUGAUGACUUCGAGAAACUUCCGGAAGAACUUGUCAACCACAUUCGGUUGCUGUCAGAUGUAUUGAAACACUACCGGAGUGGACCACUGCCCAAAACCGUCAAAAUGAUUCCACAUUUGCCUGGGUGGGAAGGUUUAUUGGAACUGCUGAAGCCAUUGGAAUGGACGGCUCACGUUUAUCCAAAGGUGGUGAGGGUGUUCGCCUCUAAAGGACACGAACCAGCCUUACAUUUCUACGAAAAUUAUCUCUUGCCAAAAGUCAGACAGGAUAUAGAAGAAAAUCGGCGGCUUUCUGUGCAGAUGUUCGAAGCGUUGAUUGCCUCUAUGUUCCGGCCGGAGGAGUUUGUGUCCGGUGUUUUCCUACCUUGGAUGCAGUGCGAGAUGUCCAAAACUGAAGGGGUCAUUCUGGCACACCUAAUGAAGAAGGCCACUUUGAAAUCACGCUUUGCUGCCGUGGCACUGGCUCUGUCGUUGGAGGAGGAAUUCAGCAUUGCACGCUCUCUGGUCAUUGAGUCCUUGCUGUCCAAACAUUAUCACAUGCCUGAGGCCGCCUUGUUUCGCGUGAUUCAGUACUUUCUCAGUUUUGAUAAGGACUGUUCCGCAUUCUUCACAAAUGAGAAUCGUAUGCCGGUGAUAUGGUUUCGGAGUCUGCUCACCUUCUUGGAGUCCUACCGUAACUGCGUUGGGCCUGAUGUGAGGGCUCAGCUAAUCAAAUUGUGUCGUCGGCAUGAACACCCGCAAAUUACCCCUGAAAUCCGAACGCUGUUGUCUCUCAUACCUGCAAACGUUACAUGACUCAUGAUUUAUGCUUAAUCUUUGCAAAGCGGUUUUUCUUUCUGUCGUUGAGCGUCGAAGUUUGGUACAUCAGCCCCCUUUCUUACUUCUCUGGAUAUAGUCUCAUGUUUUCAAUGGGUG